CCACUGGCCGAAUGGCCAUUUGACAGUUUUUUAACUUGCGGGGUAUUUCUCCCCAUCAUCUUCCAUCCUUCCGCCCCCAACCACCCGACCAUCCCUUUGAUUAGUUUUAUUGUUACAGUUUGAUCGUUUGCAUUUCACGCUGUUUAGUUGCCGAUUUGGUUUGUUUCCGCGGCGGAUGGUGGAUGCUGUCGUUGCCAAGGCGACAAGCUUCAACUUCCGCUGGUGUUGCACCGAAGAAAUUAAAUUGAUCAGUUAGCUUUACUUUCCUCACUUUUAUUGUUAAAGAGUUAGAUCCAGUACCUUUAUUCUUACUAUUAGAGUUAGAUCCACUCUUCUCUUCACAUUUAUUGUUAGAACUAGAUUCAAUCUCUUCAUUUCUAUUGUUAGGGUUAGAAUUAGAUUCUCUUUCUUCUUACAGUUAGAAUAAGAUACACUGUCUUCACUCUCACUGUAAAAAGAGUUAGAUUUACACUAUUCACUCUCAUUGCUAGACAGUGUUAUUGAUAGAUACGCUCUUUUCACCACUUCCUGUUAAAGAUUUACUCUUCGAUCAACCAUCUUCACUCUCACUGUUAGAAUUAGAGUUAGAUUUGUUCUCUGAACUCCUCGUUAGAGUCAGAUUCUUCAUUCUUAAAUCGGCCUGACAUCGAGAUGCCACUGAAAACUAAAACCAGAUCGGUUACUGCCCCGCCUCCAGUACCAUCCGCUAAAGCUACAUCAAAGAAGUCUAAGAAGGAUGAUGACGAUGGAACUGAUUUGGGAGAUGGAGAUGACUGGACUUUGGGGAAGUCACUCAUCAAACCUCCUGAUCAGCUGGAUCUUACUGAACAAGAAUUAAAGGAAGAAAUUACUCGUGUUCUUACAGCUGAUAACCCCCAUGCUCCUCAAAACAUUGUGAGAUUCAGCUUCAAAGAAAGGGCUUACAAGCAAGUCCCAGUAAUCAGCCAGAUGGCCAUUCAUUUUGCACGUGAUGGAAAUCUCCUACACAAAGAUUCAGAUGAAGCAAAACGUCAACAAUCUAGAGGGAAAUUUUCUGAAGAGAGUGAUACUGAAGAUAUUAGUGCUCCUCUUCCAACUGAAAGCGCAGAGAAAAUGGAUACAGAAGAGGAAGAGCUCCCAGACACAAAGGGAGCUGAAGAGGAAGAAGAGAAGGAAGUAGUAAGACCACGACAGGAAAGAAAGAUUCCCAAUCAGUUCAACUUCAGUGAAAGAGCUUCUCAGACUUUCAACAACCCUAUGAGGGAAAAUGGAUGCCAGACAGAACCACCUCCUCGAGCAAGUUUCUCUUCUACAGCGAAUCAGUGGGAAAUAUUUGACGCCUAUGAGGAAGUAUUAGCAAAACAAGCCGUAAAGAAAGAAAAGCCAAAGCCACAUACUACGAAAAAAGAUGAUGUGUCAAAGAAAAAGAUUUCAGCUGUUGAAAGCAUGAGUGAUGAUAUUUCAAGAGUUAGUAAAGUUGCCAAAAUAGUGGAACGGAUGGUGAACCAGAACUCUUUUGAUGACAUUCUGCAAGACUUUAAGUAUUUUGAAGAUCCUUCUGAUGAAUUCCGGGAUCAAGAAGGCACUCUUCUACCUCUGUGGAAAUACUUUUAUGAGAAAGCUAAGAGAUUGGCAAUUACUAGCAUGUGUUGGAAUCCAAAAUAUCAUGACCUUUUUGCAGUUGGACAUGGUUCCUAUGAUUUUAUGAAACAGAACCGUGGCAUGCUACUCGUUUACUCACUGAAAAAUCCUACCUACCCUGAAUACCAGUACAGUUCAGACAGCAGUAUCUUGUGCCUGGACUUCCACCACAUGUAUCCGAAUCUGAUAGCUGUUGGCUUCUAUGAUGGUUGUGUUGCUGUCUAUAACAUCAUGGAACAUGUUGUCGGGCCAACUUACAAGAGUUCACCGAAAUCUGGCAAGCACACUGAUCCUGUUUGGCAGGUGAAGUGGCAAAAAGAUGACCUGGACAACAAUAUCAACUUCUUUUCUGUCUCAUCAGAUGGACGGGUUGUUUCUUGGGCUUUAAUUAAGGAUGAAAUUGUUCAUACAGAUAUUAUCAAACUGACAAUGGAUGGAAUUUGCAAGGAUGCACUGGAAAAUUUGCAACUGCAAAUUAUGGGAUGUGGAACUUCGUUUGACUUCCAUAAACAGAAGGACAACUUGUUUCUAGUGGGCACAGAAGAAGGAAAAAUACACAAGUGCUCCAAGGCUUAUUCAAGUGAGUUUUUGGACACGUAUGAAGCCCAUCAUAUGGCAGUGGAUGCUUUACACUGGAAUACAUUCCAUCCAGAUAUUUUCAUUUCUUGUAGUUCUGAUUGGACAGUGAAGAUUUGGGAUCACAAUUUAAAGAACCCAAUGUUCACUUUUGAUCUUGAUUCACCGGUUGGUGAUGUUGCUUGGUCACCGUACUCUUCAACUGUGUUUGCCGCUGUUACAACAAAUGGCAAGGUUCACGUUUUUGACUUGAAUGUUAAUAAAUAUGAACCGAUCUGCGAGCAAGCUAUUGUGAGCAAGAAACGAAAUAAACUCACACAUAUUGCAUUCAAUCCAACCUACCCUAUUAUAAUGGUAGGAGAUGAACGUGGUGGUGUAUCAAUCUUAAAACUCUCUCCAAACCUUCGCAAACAACCUAAGGCAAAAAAAGGGCAAGAAGUACCAAAAGGGCCUGAAGUGGAAAUCGCGAAAAUGGACAAGCUACUGAGUCUGGUUAGAGACCCAGACAUGAAGCAGAACUAAGUUUACCCCUUCUGUGAGACUACUUAAUCAACAGUCCAAAUGUAUCAGCACUCACGUGGAUCAUCCAGAUGCAAAUGUAUGCCUCUGCCAACCAUUCAGAAAUGAGGAAUUAGCUAACUUUUAUGGAAUCGUAUUUAAAACCUUAUUGUAACAUCCUCGUAAAACACAAUGGUUUCCCAUGCAGCACACUCAGCAAAGCCCAUUAAUAUAACACAUUUAUAACUUUUUCUUCUACUGUUUGCUGAUUGUUUUUAUAGAUUAUCAAAACUAAGAUUUAUUAAACUGGUACCUACGUUUCUUCUGGUGCAUCUUACAAGUAAAAUAUGUUAUUUGGUUUUGGAUAAAAGUAUACAUCAUAUGUGAAAAAUAUUUUUCCAACUGUAUAAGAAUUCUGUUAUUAAGCUAAUUAAAACAUCAGCAUGUUAAUACUGGUUUACUGAAGAAACUAAAGCUUUUCACUCUGCGCCACAGUGUCCUUUAGGAUAUGCAGCUGUUUUUAACUAAAGCUGUUCAUGACGCAAAAUAGCUAAUUGUCACAUAAUACUGAAAAUCCUCCCCCACACCCAUAUUCUAUAGACUAUAGUUACAAUAGGAUUAUUUGUAUUCUUUUACAUAAUUUAUAUUUUGGCAAAGUUAUGUCACUGUAAUGUGCUUUCAAAUGAACUGUUUGUUUUUCUCUAUUUUCCUUACAAAAUGUCUACAAUGAAAUAUAACAAUUGAUAUAUUAAUAGUCAGUCACCUCGACUAUUUUCCUAGCUUUGUUUCUUUACACUGUAUAAGCUGUGACAUGCCCCAUGUCUUCCAGUGCUGAAGAAGAGUCAGGAACUUGACAUGUUAAGUCUACUUUCUUGUAUUACAUGCUGUUUAACUUGCCAAAUGUUUACAGCAUCCUCUGCUUUUACCUCCAUUAUUCCAAAAUGUACAAGCUGCAAAGUCUAGUUGGAGAUGAAUCUAUUGAUUUGAUCUACAGUAAACUCAGUUCCUGCAAAAGCA